GUCACAUGUACGUUGGAAGUGUUGCCUAUGCAGACGAUCACCUACACUGCAUGGAAUGCAGAAGAUGAUGGAUGUGUGUUCCCUGUUUGCAGAAGAAAAAGGUUUAUUUCUAACAGCAAAAAGAGUAUUCACUGUGUUUGUCUGGAACAGUCGUUCGCCAGUGGUAACCCAAACUGACUGCAAGUGCAGGUUUUCUUUCCUUCAAGAAUACAGUACCACACUUAGGUGUGAUAAUGGAUUCCGCUCAACAAUGCAAAAUCUCUGUGGAAGCAAGAGAAAAUUUUUUCGUGCUGGAAAAAUCGAAGGUAUGUGUGAAUCACAAAAGGUGUGGAUGGAGAUAGUUGAUCGACAGUUGUUUCCCAUCAUAUCAUAUGGAUGUCGUUUGUGGGAUUUGGAGAGAACAGAUGUGAAGAGGAUGAUCAAUAUGGCUCUGAGAAAAGGUGUGAGAAGAAGAUUGGGUAUAAAGAGGAAUGAACCAAUUUGUGACCGCUUUGGAGUACAUUUCAAGAAUCAGUGGAAAGAAUGAAGAAUUUGAAAUUGAUGUUUUUACAAAGGGCGUUUCAUUCAAUAAAUGGCUUAGUAAAAGGACUUCUUUUUCUAGUAGUUGACAAAAAGUUACAGUUAGGAAUGCCGUCGUAAGGGUUGAAGGGAGCUAGUUUGUCUUGUGUUGUUACUGUAUUUAGCAAUGUGUUGAACGUGUGUUAGUAUGCCUCCAGUGGGAACUGCUUUUACUGUGUGUGAUGCGAUAGAAGUAAA